CCCGCACUUUUAUGUUUGGAAUGUGCGAUCAGUGAGGUAAUAAUCGCUGGCUAAUUGUGUUUCUAUCUAUGUGUGAAAUUUCUGCCAUCGAACACGAGUUUCUGUCCAAGGCACAUAGGAGUUUCUUCGAUGAAAGGUCAACAUUGUUCUGAAUAAAUUAUAAUACUACUUCAUAAAAAUGGAUUUGGAAGUCUCUAUGAAAGAAGCUAUCAUUGAUGUCCUCAAUUGCUCUUUAUCACCUAACAAGGCUACACGUGAGAGCUCUGAACAACGCAUAGCUGCAUUGGAAGUUACGGAGGAGUAUGGAAUUUAUCUUACCCAGUUUGUCGUGGAUCCUAGUGGUUCUCCACCCAAGAGACAGCUAGCAUCUGUUCUUUUAAAACAGUAUGUAGAGAAUCACUGGAGUUCGCUUUCAAAUACUUUUCGUCCACCUGAAUUAAAACCUCUCAUUAAAGCAAAAAUCAAAGAACUCCUUAUAUUAGGAUUAAAGGAACCAUUAAGCAAAGUACGUAGUGCUGUUGCUCAUGCAAUCUCAAAAAUUGCUUCAUGGGAUUGGCCUGAAAAUUGGCCUGAACUUUUUGAUAUUUUAAUUGCCCAUUUAAAUGAAAAUGAUGAGCAUUCGGUUCAUGGAGCCAUGAGAGUUAUGGUUGAAUUUACUCGAGAUAUGAGUGAUAACCAGUUGCCAAAUGUUGGACCUAUAAUCUUGCAAGAAAUGUACAGAAUUUUAAGCAAUGAUAAGCAGUACGCUGCACGAAUAAGAGCAAGGGCUGUGGAAGUAUUUACCACUGUAACCCAAUUAGUUACAGUAACUGCUUACACUGACAAAGGACUCAUAGAUAAAUAUCUACAACCAGUGCUACCAGUGUAUUGUGAAAAAUUUGUUGAGUUUUUAUCUUGCUCAGAUCCAAGAAUUGACUGUGGCUUUAAAACUGAAAUUGUCAAGUCUGUUAAUUGGCUUGUGUUGAAUGUUUCAAAAAAAAUGACUCCUUAUGUUCCUCAAAUUUUAUCUGCCAUAUGGAAUAUAUUGAUUGAAUGUGCCAAACUUUAUCAUGAAGAAAUUAUUACUGGAGAUGAAAAUGAUAAAGAAGUUGAUUCCGAUGGUCAAGUGAUUACUUUCCAUAAUUUAAUAAUUGCUCUUCUUGAAUUCAUUGGUGCCAUGGUUGAUCAUAAAAGAUACGCUCCUCUCUUGGAUAAAUUUGUACAUGACAUAAUGUAUUACAGCAUUAUUUUUGGACAGGCAACAGAAGAUCAAUUAAAUGAAUGGGAACAUGCUCCGGACGCGUUUGUUGAAGAAGAAACUGUAGCAGUUACCUACACUGUGAGAAUUUCAGCUCUAGAACUUUUAUCGACUCUAUUAUCGCAAAAUGAAGAACUAUGCGUCGGAGCAUUAGGUAAUGCGAUUUCGAAACAUAUAGAAGAGGCAAUAAUAAAAGAAUCAAAUGCUGCCCCGACUCAAGAAAAUAACAAUCUUUGGAAAAUCUAUGAAUCAUGUAUAAUAGCUUUAAAUAUUGCAAAAUCUUCAAUUGUGUCUCUUGGUGAAGCUGGAAAGUUACCAUUUGAUAUAGUGAAAUUUUUAGACAGUAUUGUUAUGACAACAUUAAAUAAUCCAAAUGCUCACCCGAUUUUAUUGAGUAGAUGCCUAAUCAUUGCUGGUCGUUAUGCCAAGGAAUUACCCCCUGAAAUGAGUUCCAAAUUUUUAGAAGCUAUAAUUAAUGGUUUACAACCGCAACAAAUUGCUUGCUUGCGAGUUGCUUCAGCUAAGUCCAUUUUUUAUUACGCCGAUGCAGCCGUUACAAAUGAAAGUAUUACCCUUUUAAAUAUGUUACGACCAAAUUUGCCAGCAAUAUUUGAUGGACUAUUAAGUAUAGCCGGAAUGGGGAAUAAAGAAAUUUUGAUCAUUGUAUUGGAUACGCUGUCUGUUAUAGCGCCGGUGGAUAAAGCAUUUACAGCUUCAGUUGAAAAUAAAAUUUGCCCACUUGCUAUAGCUGCAUUUGUAAAAUUCCACAGUGAUCAUGAAAUUUCAGGUUUAUGUCAAGAUAUUUUCAAAGAAUUGACGGUAAAUCCUGAAUGUAUUGGUGCACUACAAAAUCGAUUGGUACCGACAUUAAUUAGUAUGUUGAAUGUUGGACAAAACGGAAAAACUACUGAAGAGGGACUUCGAGCCGAAGCUAUGGAAGUGCUGGGCGUUUUGGUACAAUUUUCACCUGCACCUCUGAGCAGUGCUCUUAUGGAUAGUGCCUUCCCUGUAGCUUGUCACUGCAUUAUUGAGUCCACUGACAACUCUGUUCUUCAGAAUGGUGGUGAAGUCAUUCGAUACUACUUGACGGUUUCUCCUCAGCAAGUGCUUGAGCAUAGAGAUCCUGAAGGUAGAACUGGCUUACAGUAUGUAUUGGAAGUUAUAAGAGUACUAUUGGAUCCGCAGUCGAGCGAAUUUUCGGCAUGUUAUGUCGGCAAAUUAAUAGUAACUCUGAUAAGGAAAGCAGGAAACUGUUUGGGAGAUACCCUUGAUCAGCUGCUGAAGGGUGUUCUCAGUAAAAUGCAAAGAACUGAAACUUCGACUGUAAUGCAGAGUUUGCUGAUUAUUUAUGCCCAUCUGAUAAAUUCAAAUUUCAACGCAGUGCUAAACUUUUUAUCGACGGUUCCUGGUCCAACCGGUGAAAGUGCUUUAGCGUUUGUGCUGAGAGAGUGGGCUAAUAAGCAAAAGCUGUUUUUCGGUAAUUACGACCGAAAGGUAUCCACAGUAGCCUUGUGUAAAUUAUUAGAAUAUGGAGUUACUCAAGGAGAUGAAAGAUUAAACGACAUCCUUGUUGAAGGUGCUGUUGUCCAAGGUGAUGGAAUCGGUGGUAUAGAGACAAGAACGAGAUCAAAGGCUGGACCCAUUGUAUUUGCACAAAUUCCAAUUCUAGUGAAAAUCUUCAAACUCAUCGUGUACGAACUAAUGCACUACCUCGAAGUUAAUGCCGCUGAGCAAGAGGGUAGCGAAGACAGCGAGGAUGAUGACGAAGAAGGCGAUGUACUCGUUGAUUCUCUGCGUAUGAUUGGCGAUGACCGCGAAGAUGAUAUGGAGGAGGAACUCGAUCCAGAUAUUAGAAAAGAUGAAAUUUAUCUACUAGAUAUGGGACAGUACUUGCGCGAUUUUCUGCAAAACUUUUCUACUCAUCCCGGUUUCCCACAGUUUGCUCAACAUGUUACCCCGGAUGAAAAGAAAGUAUUGAAUAGUAUAAACAUUGUUUAAGUAACAGAUUCGAUAUUAUUUUAAUGUUAUGGAGAAAUUAUUUUGAUAAGAUUAAGACAUAAAAAAACUGUAAAUAGUCAAGUAAAUCAUACGUGUAAUAACGGUGUGUUCAUUGAGAAUGUGUUUUCACUUGAAGUUUCUUUUUCACAAACAAGCAUGUUGCUAAGAUUAAGACGUAUGUUUUGAUCAUUAUUAUAUUUUACUGACUUUCAUUUUUGAGAUUUAUCGGAUAAUAAUCUGAGAAGCUUUUCUUUAUUUGACGCUGUAUUGAAUGUGCCUUUUUAGAGUGUGAAUGGUUAAAAUCUGUUUCUAAUAAAAAAAAAAAACGUUAAACAAAUGCAUGGUUAUGUAUUCAGAGGUAACAUCAAGGAUUUCGUAAAAACAUAAUUGCCUCUUAACACCUGCAGGCAGGUAACGAAUAAUGUCUUAACAAGUUCGUUAUUAAUUAUAAUUAGUAUAGAAAAAUAAAUAUUUUGUACAGAUCAAGUUAAAAACUGUAAUAUUUUCAU